UCAUCCCACCAUUCCUGGGUGGUUUGCGGAGCAUUGCCCCGUAUGCCAGGCCAAGCACACUUCUUAAAGGUAGAAAAAAUUAUAUUUCAAGGAAAGUCUGAAUUCCAAAGUAUGAUGGUGUUUGAGUCAUCAUCAUACGGCAAGGUUUUUGUUCUGGAUGGAGCUCUCCAACUCACAGAAAAGGAUGAGUUUUCAUACCAAGAAAUGAUUACUCACCUUCCUCUCUGCUCUAUUCCCAACCCCAAAAAGGUGUUGCUUAUUGGGGGAGGAGAUGGUGGUAUCCUACGUGAAAUCUCUCGACAUUCUUCCGUUGAGCAGAUUGAUAUAUGCGAGAUUGACACGAUGCUGGUGAACGUGUAUAAGGAAUUCUUCCCUGAAAUUGCUGUUGGAUACGAGGAUUCUCGAGUAAAACUUCAUGUCAGAGACGGAACUAAAUUUUUGAAGUCUGUUCAAAGUGGUACCUAUGAUGCUAUAAUAGUGGAUGCAUUUGACCCAAUAAGACCUGAAGAUGAGCUUUUCAAAAGUUCAUUCUUUGAGUUGGUGGCAAAAGCUCUCCGCCCCGGUGGAGUGAUGUGUAUCCAGGCGGAAAGUCUAUGGUAUCCGGCACUCAGCAUUGAAGAUCUCGUCGCAAAUUGUCUCCGGAUAUUCAAAGGCUCUUCCAGCUAUGCAUGGACGAUAGUUCCUACUUAUCCAAGUGGAGUAAUAGGUUUCAUGCUUUGCUCUACUGAGGGUCCCUCCGUGGACUUCAAACGUCCUGUCAACCCCAUCGAUCCAGAACAAACUUUCGGUGUGGCAAAAGAGCCACUGAAAUUUUACGACUCAGAGGUACAUUCUGCCGCAUUUUGUCUACCAUCAUUUGCAAAGAAGUCAGUGAACUCCAAAGUCAUCUGAAAUAGCAGCAGUCUGAAGGGGAGUUGUCACCAUUACAACUGAAACAUAAAAGGAUCGAUAAAAUUGAUUUUCAGCAAUAAGUAAUCAGAAUAUAUGCCAAGACUCCAGCCUCAGAAAUCAGAAUCAAUGUUGUGAUAGAAACUCAA